ACUUCUUUUUUAUUAUAGCGAAGGCAAAAAAUUGAGAAUGAGAAAAUACGAAAAAAAUUUUUAGAGGCAGAAGAGAAUACAAACAUGACACCAGAAGAAAAGAAAUUACUUCAACAAAAAUUACAAGAAGAAGCUGAUUUAGAGGUAGCUAAAGAAAUGUUAGGUGUUGGUGAGGGAGAUGAGGACUCAAUAGAUAGGAUGCAUCCUAAAACAAAAGAAGACUUUGUAUUAUUUGAACAAGCCCUUCAAAAGAAAUUACAAAGUGUUUCAAAGUCUGAGUAUUAUUCAGAAUUUAUUGAAGAACUAAUUAGGAAUUUAUCAGUUAAUUUAUCUAUGAAUGAUUUGAGAAAAUUAAAAGCUACUGUAGAUAAUAUGAAUAUAGAAAAAAUGAAAGCAGAAAAAGGAGAUAAAAAUAAAAAAAGCAAGGGAAAAGCAAAAGCAAAACUUCGUUUAGAUAAUAGUAAUAUUCAAGAUUACAAUGAAUUUUCAGCUUAUACUGUGGAUGAUUAUGAUGAGUUUAUGUAGACUGAAAGGAAUGUCCAACCAGAAACUAUUCAAAUUAUAUAAAUACAUUAUAUAUAUAUAUAUUAAUAUAAUUAUGUAAUUCAGUGUUAAUAGAUAAAUGAUAAAUUUUUUUAAAUAAUUUAUGUUUAUCUUUAUCACCUAAAAAUAUACAAUUAUAUUAUAAGAAA